AUGGGAGGCUACGGAGGAUUUAGGGGACACGGGGGUGACCCGAAGGUAAGGAAACUGAAGAUGUCCAUCUUUGAUGAUGAGGAAGCACAAGACUGGAUCUACAAGGUGGAGCGAUACUUUGCAGUCAACGGAUUGACAGAGGAGGAGAAAUUGACAGCUGCAGGACUGUGUUUAGAAGGAAAGACAAUGAUUGUUGACCUUUUGGGGAUGAAAUUAGUGGAUAUAAGUGGUUGCGGGGUGAUGAUGGGCACAGAGAAGGUGGAGAUGGAUAGAGGAGUUUGUAGGGGAAUAGUGACGACAAUUCAGGGGAUUCAGGAUGAGAUUGAGAAGCUGAUCAUGGAGAUGUUGGAAGCAGGGAUCAUAAAGCCAAGUGUGAGUCCUUUCUCUAGUACAAUCUUACUGGUCAAGAAGAAGGAUGGGAGCUGGAGAUUUUGUGUGGAUUAUAGGGCGUUGAAUAAGGAGACUGUGCCUAAUAAGUUCCCCAUCCUUGUGAUUGAUGAACUGUUUGAUAAGUUGUAUAGAGCAAUGAUGUUUUUCAAGAUGGACUGUUAA